AUGUUUGGAGUGAGGCCCCGCAGCACCAGCGCUGACACUGGAUCCAAUCCUGCCAAGCGUCCUCGCCUCCAAAUACACCAGCCUGUUCAGCCCUUGACCUGGCAAGAACAGCAUGAGAUCUCGACCACCAGCCCACUUGGGUCUACUCUCCUGGACAUGCACCAGGAGCUCAUACACGUCCAGCCAGCAUACUUCAGUGCUUCCAUAAAAGACAUCGAGACCUUGGGAAAUACCUCUGACCCAGGAAUGCCAUGGAUGAAGGCUCCAGCUGGCCUGCUCCCAGGGCUUCAUCUCUCAUCUUCUUCAUUUCAGGGUCAAGUCCCAGAUGGCCUGAGUCCUUCAGUCUCUCCUAGUGCAGAGGGAUAUGAUCCAUGGUCCAACUGGAGCCUCCAAAGAAGCAUGCUGGAGCCUCUUCCAGACUCACCACUGCAGCCUCUUUCUCCAUCUCCUCCAAGUCACCAAGAACAGCGCCCUCCGAGUCCUGUGAGACCUGCUCGCCCUCCAUGCAAGGCCAGGAGGCGCCUCUUCUAG